UCCUGAGGAUAGUUGAAAAUAUAAAAUGCAGAGCUGCUCUGAGCAGUGAAAAGAUUACUGCUUCUGCUAAGGAUUUGUUCUUCCUGCUUGCUACUUUAAGAGAAAAAAAAAAAGAAAAAGCAAGCAUGCAGGAUUUUUGCCAUGCAAUAACUACUUGGGAAAUGCUGGGAGUAAUUAGUGUCUUGAAGCUUGCAUUUUAGUAUGAAGUAUGAACUAAAGCCUUAAUAAAAUGCAGUCAAAAGUCCUGAGCAGUUGCACACGUAAAGCAGGAAAUCUCCUCUACACAAUAGAGAUUAGAUGCUCCCUGUGCAUGCUGUAUUCUGCUCAGCCCUCUGCGUUCGGAGCUGGGACCGUGGCAGUCGUUAUCUCUAGCAGGUUCCUUGGUGAUUUUCAAGCCCUGCACUACCUACCCAAGUGGCAGUGACACCAGCUUUCGCUGAAGCCUUAUUACUCUUAAAAGAGCAAUUUGGUUGGUUGCACAGCUAUUAGGAUCAGACAGUCAGGCUUAAAGCUGUCAGUACAACUGCUUCUCAUCUUUUUUCACAAUCCUGACAUCUUUUCUCUUUUCUGCUGGACACGAGCAUUACUGUUUUUAUCAUUUUCGAUCAAGCUCACGCUGCAAGCUGAGGAAUAUAUUCCCACAGAAGCCAAAGUGAGGAGCAGAAAUUAUUUUAUAGCUACUGUAGUAGCAGCAGUGCAGGCUGCAUGUUGUGGGAAAGAAACCGGAUCAGUGAGAAAUGUGGCUUUCCUCAGGGCUACAUCAUUGAGAUAUUACUUCAGCAUCUAAGGAGAGUAAAGCUACUUUUUGCUCUGAUUUUUCAAUGAUUAAUCACUCCUUAACCAAACAGAAAGUGUGGGAGAAGAUGUAAGAUUUUUUUUUUAAUAUAUUUUUUUCUUUUUUUUUUUUUUGUAAUAACUUGUGGAAAUGCUGUUAUCAGUGAAACGGGGGAAAAUUACUAUGCUUGAACUUCUUUUCAUUUUGAUGUUGCUCUUCUCUGGACCAGCCUUGAGCAAGCUUAGCAGGACCAAAGGCAAACACUGGAAGGGGGGAUCCCGUCUCCGCCAGGAGGAUUUUCCACCACGGAUUGUUGAGCAUCCUUCAGAUGUCAUAGUCUCUAAAGGAGAACCAACAACUUUGAACUGCAAAGCUGAAGGACGGCCAACUCCUACUAUUGAGUGGUACAAGGACGGAGAGAGAGUGGAAACAGACAAGGAUGAUCCACGCUCCCACCGCAUGCUGCUGCCCAGCGGAUCUUUAUUUUUCUUGCGUAUCGUGCACGGACGCAGGAGUAAACCUGAUGAAGGAAGUUAUGUUUGCGUAGCAAGGAACUAUCUUGGAGAAGCUGUGAGUCGCAAUGCAUCCCUGGAAGUGGCAUUGCUACGGGAUGACUUCCGCCAAAACCCUACAGAUGUUGUGGUGGCAGCUGGAGAACCUGCCAUAUUGGAGUGCCAACCACCUCGUGGACACCCUGAGCCUACAAUCUACUGGAAGAAAGAUAAAGUCCGCAUUGAUGACAGAGAAGAGCGGAUAAGUAUACGGGGUGGAAAGCUGAUGAUCUCCAAUACAAGGAAAAGUGAUGCUGGCAUGUACACUUGUGUUGGCACAAACAUCGUGGGGGAGCGAGACAGCGAUCCAGCAGAGCUGACUGUCUUUGAACGGCCCACGUUUCUCAGGCGACCGAUUAACCAAGUGGUGCUGGAGGAGGAGGCUGUGGAUUUCCGGUGCCAGGUGCAGGGGGAUCCCACACCCACAGUCCGGUGGAAGAAAGAUGAUGCAGACUUACCAAGAGGAAGGUAUGACAUCAAAGAUGACUAUACUUUGCGUAUUAAGAAGGCCAUGAGCACAGAUGAAGGAACCUACACAUGCAUUGCCGAGAAUCGAGUUGGAAAAGUGGAAGCUUCUGCUACCCUCACUGUGCGAGGUGAGUGUUCCUCUCCCCCCCAGUUUGUGGUGAGGCCACGAGACCAGAUUGUAGCCCAGGGUCGAACAGUGACUUUUCCUUGUGAAACUAAAGGAAAUCCCCAGCCAGCUGUUUUCUGGCAAAAAGAGGGAAGCCAGAAUCUACUCUUCCCAAACCAGCCUCUCCAACCCAACAGCAGGUAUUCAGUGUCACCAACUGGAGACCUCACUAUUACCAACAUUCAGCGGUCUGAUGCAGGCUACUACAUUUGUCAAGCUCUGACAGUAGCUGGAAGCAUUUUAGCAAAGGCUCAGCUGGAGGUUACUGAUGUCUUGACAGAUAGGCCUCCACCCAUCAUCCUCCAGGGGCCGGUCAAUCAGACACUGUCAGUGGAUGGGACAGCUUUGCUGAAGUGCAAGGCAACCGGUGACCCUCUCCCUGUCAUCAGCUGGUUGAAAGAAGGAUUCACUUUCCUCGGCCGAGACCCUCGAACAUCCAUACAGGAUCAGGGGACGCUUCAGAUUAAAUCUCUGCGGCUGUCUGAUACUGGGACUUACACUUGCGUUGCAACAAGUUCCAGUGGGGAGACAUCUUGGAGUGCUGUGCUGGAGGUGACAGAAUCCGGUGGAGCAACAGUCAGUAAAAAUUAUGAUAUAAAUGACCUCCCUGGGCCACCAUCCAAACCUCAGGUCACUGAUGUUACAAAGAACAGUGUCACCCUGUCCUGGCAACCAGGGACUCCUGGAAGCCUACCAGCUAGUGCAUAUAUCAUUGAGGCUUUUAGUCAGUCUGUGAGCAAUAGCUGGCAAACAGUGGCUAACCAUGUGAAGACCACUCUCUACACUGUGAGAGGACUGCGACCCAAUACAAUCUACCUGUUUAUGGUGAGAGCUAUCAAUUCACAAGGCCUGAGUGAUCCCAGCCCUAUGUCAGAUCCUGUCCGAACACAAGAUAUCAGCCCACCAGCACAAGGUGUGGAUCACAGGCAAGUGCAGAAAGAAUUGGGAGAUGUAAUUGUACGACUGCAUAAUCCUGUUGUGCUUACACCCACGACGGUUCAAGUUACCUGGACGGUUGACCGCCAAUCCCAGUUUAUUCAGGGCUACCGAGUGAUGUAUCGUCAAACAUCUGGCCUACCUUCUCCAGCUGUAUGGCAGAACUUGGAGGUCAAAGUCCCAACUGAGCGCAGUGCUGUCCUCGUCAGCUUGAAAAAGGGGGUCACUUAUGAAAUCAAGGUUCGCCCUUAUUUCAAUGAAUUCCAAGGAAUGGACAGUGAAUCAAAGUCUGCUCGCACCACAGAGGAAGCUCCGAGUGCCCCUCCUCAGUCUGUUACUGUCCUGACAGUUGGAAACCACAACAGCACAAGCAUCAGCAUCUCCUGGGAUCCUCCGCCUCCAGAUCACCAAAAUGGAGUCAUCCAGGAGUAUAAGAUCUGGUGCCUAGGUAAUGAGACUCGAUUUCAUAUCAACAAAACAGUAGAUGCAGCCAUUCGGUCUGUAAUAAUAGGUGGCCUAUAUCCAGGUAUUCAGUACCGCGUGGAAGUUGCUGCAAGCACCAGUGCAGGCGUGGGAGUAAAAAGUGAACCACAACCCAUAAUAAUUGGAGGUCGUAACGAAGUUGUCAUCACUGAAAAUAACAACAGCAUAACUGAACAAAUCACUGAUGUUGUCAAACAGCCUGCCUUUAUAGCUGGCAUCGGUGGUGCCUGUUGGGUAAUUCUGAUGGGUUUCAGCAUCUGGUUGUACUGGCGCAGAAAGAAGAGGAAGGGGCUCAGCAAUUAUGCUGUCACUUUCCAAAGAGGAGAUGGAGGACUAAUGAGCAAUGGAAGUCGACCAGGUCUGUUGAAUGCAAGUGACCCCAGUUAUCCUUGGCUUGCAGACUCUUGGCCUGCCACAAGUCUGCCGGUAAACAACAGCACUAGUGGACCCAAUGAUCUUGGCAAUUUCGGUCGCGGAGAUGUGCUGCCACCAGUGCCAGGGCAAGGAGAUAAAACCGCUACUAUGCUUUCUGAUGGAGCCAUUUACAGCAGCAUUGACUUCACCACGAAAACUAGUUACAACAGUUCCAGCCAAAUAACACAAGCUACGCCAUAUGCCACCACCCAGAUACUUCAUUCCAACAGCAUCCAUGAGUUGGCUGUCGACUUACCUGAUCCUCAGUGGAAAAGCUCAAUUCAGCAAAAAAAUGACCUGAUGGGAUUCGGUUACUCUCUCCCAGACCAAGGCAAAGGCAACAAUGCCUUGCUUUACAUCCCUGACUACCGCGUGGCUGAGGGAUUGGCUAAUAGAUUACCACACAACCAGUCACAGGAUUUCAGCACCACCAGCUCCCACAACAGCUCUGAAAGGAGUGGCAGCCUCUCAGGUGGCAAAGGAGGGAAAAAGAAGAAAAACAAAAAUACUGCCAAGCCCCAGAAAAACAAUGGUUCAAACUGGGCCAGUGUUCCCCUCCCACCCCCUCCCGUGCAGCCACUUCCAGGCACAGAACUGGAACACUAUGGGGUGGAUCAGCAAGAAGCAGGAUAUGACAGUGAUGGUUGGUGUCCACCUUUGCCAGUUCAGACCUACCUACAUCAGGGCAUGGAGGAUGAGCUUGAAGAAGAUGAUGAUCGUGUCCCCACACCUCCUGUGCGAGGGGUAGCUUCAUCACCUGCCAUCUCCUUUGGGCAACAGUCAACUGCAACCCUCACCCCUUCUCCACGAGAGGAGAUGCAGCCAAUGCUUCAAGCCCACCUUGAUGAAUUAACUAGGGCUUACCAGUUUGAUAUAGCAAAGCAGACAUGGCACAUCCAAAGCAGUACACAACCUCCUCAGGCUCCAGUUCCACCCCUAGGAUAUGUAUCUGGAAGCCUUAUUUCAGAUUUGGAAACAGAUGUUCCGGAUGAUGAUGAUGAGGAGGAUGAUAUUGAAGAAGAAACUGUAGAAAUCAGUAGGCCGCUAAGAGGUCUAGAGCAUACUCCAGGCUCCAGUAUGGACAAUCUAGACAGCUCUGUGACAGGUUCAAUGGUAAAUGGAUGGGGUUCUGCGUCUGAUGAGGACCGUAACUUUUCUAGUCAUAGAUCUAGUGUAGGUAGCUCCUCAGAUGACUCGAUCUUUACCAGCGGCAGUUUUGCACAAGCACUGGUUGCAGCAGCAGAUAAAGCUGGUUUUAGGCUGGAUGGAACCAGUCUGACAAGAACAGGCAAAGGAUAUCCUUCCUCUCAGAGACCUCGACCAAGCAGUCCUUUUUCUACUGACAGCAACACCAGUGCAGCUGUCAAUCAGAGUCAGAGGCCAAGGCCCACUAAAAAACACAAGGGAGGACGGUUGGACCAACCUUCCUUGCCUCAUCGUAGGGAGGGAAUAACAGAUGAUCUUCCACCACCACCUGACCCGCCCCCUGGUCAGGGUUUAAGGCAGCAAAUAGUCCCCGGCCAGCGUGGAGGCUCAGCAGAGAGGAAAGGAAGCUCUCUUGAGAGGCAGCAUGCUCCGAACAUAGAUGAAACAAAGAGCUCCCUGGACCGGCAAGCUAGGACAUCACUAGAGUGGCAGCGACAAACCCAGGAGUGGAUAAGCUCUACAGACCGCCAAGAGGAUUUCAGGAAAGCCCAACACAAACAAGCCUUCGGAUCAGAAGAGGCACUCGUACCAUAUAGUAAACCCAACUUCCCAUCCCCUGGCGGCCACAGCUCUUCAGGAACAGCUUCUUCUAAAGGAUCGACCGGACCUAGAAAAGGUGAAGUCUUGCGAGGAGGUCACCAACGCAAUGCCAGUGACCUUCUCGAUGUAGGCUAUGUGGGAUCAAACAGUCAAGGACAGUUUACUGGUGAAUUAUAGUAGUUGAGAAGACACAUUGCAAGCUGCUCUGAUGGACCAUCAGGUCUGAACUCAUGGAAGUGAUGACACUAAACAGUGCAAUGAACAUUUUCUUUAUUUAUGUACUAUUAAAAGAACUGUAAAUGCAAUGUAAAGACACACAGCCACACAUAUCCCACAGAUAUUUUACUUGUGUUCUUCUCUUUAAUACACCAUCCACCUUAAACUAUUCCUUGUCAGGAGUAUAUAAAAAAAAAGAAAGGAAAAAAAAAAAAAUCACCCUCCAGGAUGAAAAGAAUUUCCUUCUGUAUAUAAUUUCUUUUGUUGCAUUGCUAUGCAAGCUCACCUUCUUUUUAGCUAUGUUCAUAUUCAUGUCUGUUUUUACUGGUCUGUUGUACUAUAUGUGAAUUAAUAGGCUGUGGUGCCAUAUAUUAACUUUUAAUUGUGUAACUUUUAUGUUUAAAGUUUGCACUGCAAUUUUAUUUGGUGAUAAGCACAAAACUCUACUCCUCAUGACAUGAAGAAGAAAAAAAGACUGAAUGUGUGAAGAUGGUUUACGUAAUGUAAGCUACUUUGGAUAAUGCUGGAUGUAAAGCAGUAUGUUAGGUGGGUUUCCAUUGGGGUGUAGAAAUGAGAAAGUGACAGGCAAAACUGAUGUCAGUGGAGACAUCAGAGACAGAUUUAAAUCUUUUAAAAGCAAGCAACAUAGUUGCUCUUCCUAUUUAAGAAGGGGUCAGAAGCUGGAAGUGUGAGAUUAAAGAGUGAAUAUGAAAAUAAAAGGUAGCAUGAGAUGGCCUAGACCCUUUCACUAGAAUGAUGCCCUUAGUAUCUGUUUUCAGCCAUCCCAUGCCACUAAGUAAAAGGAAAGAAAAACAAACCUUGCUACAAACAAAAGAACUUAAGGUGUUUCACUAAAGCUGUUUUUAUAUUGCAGUUUUAAAGAGUUAUUACCAUUAAUUUCUCCAACCCAAAAUAUAGACAGAAAUUUCCCAGGAGAAACAAACAAUAUAAACACAAGGAAUACCUAGUAAGUAGUUAAGGCUGCAAUUUAUUAUAAAGACAUAUUCAGGCUGCUUCCAAAAAAAUUGAAGUAUCAGAGUAUCUUAUUUCAUCUUUCCAAUACAUGUACAGUACAAUAGAGGAUAGAGCUGCACCACUGAAAUUCAUGACAUUAAUUGUUUUAAUGCAGUCUAAACAAUCCUUUGUAUUUUAUUACCUGAAAUCUGCAAGAGCUGAAGCUGGAUCCACUAAAUUCACAAUAAAAUGUUUAAAGUUUAGAAGGAAAGCAACAGUCAAUUAUUUUUGGCUCGUAUUUAAGCACAUUCCUGGCAAUACAGUGCAUCCAAAAAGUUAGGUAUAAGCAAAGAAAAUCUUUGACCUGUGUUUUAGUGAGUGGCUUCAAACCCUACUAUGAUGAGGAAAUAACGCAUGUUUAUACACUUUUUGAAUAAACCAGACUCUGUAAGUGGACAUUAAUGACAGCAUCCUGUCUCUUCAUUAAUUUUCAUGACGUUGUCCAAAUCUUCUGUACCUCUCAAAUCUCAAUGAGUCAAUUGUCAAGCUUUUCUUAGAAUACUGUAUGUGGAUAAUCCACUCAUUUGAUGCUUAACUUAAACAUUGCAUCCUACAGCUUAUUUCUGUUAGUUAUCUGACCGUGAACACAAGUUUCCAUUUGAAUACCCUUUUCCUAUAACCAGUCUAUGUUGUUUUAUAUAUUGCCUUGGAGCUCACCAGUAUUAAGGACACUUUUAGUAAUGAGAGAAUUUUAGAAAAGUAAAUUGCAGUGCUAAAUAUGUGUUGCUUUUCAUUUCAUUAACUUGUUCCAUGAUAAGAUAAAACACUACAGCCAUCAACUAUAACUCAGCACUAUUGACUAUUAACAAUACUAGUUAACUUCCUUAAGGCCAAGACUGUUAUUUCGCAGGUUACAAACCAAAAAAAGUUGAGGAAAAAAGUGUAUGCAUUUAUAUAUGUGACCAAUGAAUAUAUGUAAUUUUCCUGCUUGUUAAAACAUUAUAAUGAAAACCAUUACGUAAAAGUGUGCAAAAAUGUUCUAGAAAGAUAAAGAAGGCAUCAUAUUUACAUAUGUAUGUUUUUUUCUUUUGGUAUUGUCAUCUGAAGCGAAGAUUAUUCAGGGUACAAUUCAAAUUUAAUACUCUGGAAAACAUUUAACUCAGUCACUGGUAGAUUUUUUUUUGCUUUUAAUUCAAAAGCGUGUGCUGAGCUUUGGUGGAACACCUUACUCACUAUAUUCUAGUCAAAAUCCAGUAUCAUUAGACUUCGAUAAAGCCAUCCCAAUUACUUUCGAAUACGUGUUUUAUCUCUUCCACUGGAAAGUAAAUGUGUGUCAGUAUUAAAGCUGUGCAGUACCAUGAUAUUCACUAACUUGUCCAUCUGCUUCUGUACAUUUUUGUUCAUUAAUAAGUUGCUUACAAUAUUACAUAAGGUGGUGUUGUGUAUCGCAAACUGUCUCCAUUAUCUUACAGGUGAUGUCUCUUCUUUUUUUCUCUCUCUUUCUCUCUCUUUUCUAUACAGUGUACUUCCAAUGAACCACAGUACAUAUUUUUUAAAAUAUGCCAUUUAAUUUACUAUUUUAAAAGAAGUAUUCUUCUUUUUUUAAAAGAAUCAAAAACAUUUAUUGUGAAUAAUGUGUUUAAAGAAAAGGGAUGUUGUGGCAGCACUUAGAAUUGUUUUUUAAUUUGUUUUCUUUUAAAAGAAUACCUGUUUAUUGGCUACAGUUUGUUCACGAAAAAGUAUGACCUCUUAAUGUGUUUCAUUGGUAUUGUUAGUGCAGCGGAGUUUAAUUGGCAUAAAAAGUUGGUUAAUAGUACUGUUGAAGUGUGUAUUGUAUAUUUACUGGGGAAAAAAAUAAAACAUAUUCACAUUUCAAAUCUAUGUUAAAAGACCUUGAGUAAGGAGUCAAUAUGUGAAAAUCCAAACUGGGAAAAUCAGGCAAUAAUAACAUAGACUGAGCUAUAAUCAUCACUGUCCACUUACAGGUGACAAGGAACAUUUUAUAUGCUGGUUUUUGAACCAAGCUAAGAGCUGCCUAUAAAUAAGCCUGUGGUAAACAUUGCCUGUCGCAGGGAUUUCUGUUUAAGGCCCUGUCUAUAUUGGGAAUAGUUGUACCAAUGUAAUUGCAUUGAUGCAGCUAUUCUAGUGACACGUCUUCUGUUUAUAGGCAUACUAUCUCAAUGUACAGUAAGGGCUGCAAGUGCAUAGCUUACCUACUUCAAGUCCAUAAACCAGUGGAUGUGUAAAACCUGUGUUCAGCAGGUCUGAACCCUUGGACUUGUACUGGGGGAGCUACUGCCAACCCAGUACAGAAUAUCCUCAGAACAUAUAGGCAGAUGCUAGGUCAAUCUUUCUCAAUCUUUGCAUUGAAUAUAUGCUCAAUUUUAACUGCAGGAGGGGUGAAGGACUGAAUAAUAAAUUGUUCCAUGUGCUUCAGUGGUGUAUUGCUGUAUGGGCAGCCAUUUCAGUGAUGCAAACAACAGACAUUUCUGUUUUGUUAUUUAUUAUUUCUCAAGUCCUUAUGCAAGUCAUUAAACCUUUUGAAUAACUUCUGGUGGUCAUCCAGCAGGGUCUUGUUGGGUGACAGAAAAUACAACAGAAACACUGUAAACACUGUUCUUUGGGAAAGGAACAAAAGAAAAGGAGUAUGGAGUGUUUUGAUACCGAUUUAGCUAUAUACCAGUGCAAAAGGGAGACGUGAGUCUGAAAUAAUGAUAUGCUGGUUUAUGCUUGCCUCAGCCCAUGCAUUGCCAGCCACGAGAAAAGGUGUGUGCUAAGGUUGAGGAGUAGUCCUCACUGCUGACAGAGGAAAGGUAAUUGGGAUGGGGGAGAUUCUGGCAGGGACUUUUUAACAAUAAUACAGGUAGCUCCUUUGGCUUUUCUAUGAUUUAUGUAGUUUGGGGUUUUUAUGAUUAAUGGCCUUGUGGAAAUUUAGCAGGGGAACUAGAAGGAAAAAAUUUGGCCUUUUUUUUGUAAAGACUGGGGAGAACUUUUUUUUUGCUGAGGGGAGGAUUUUUUAAUUUCAUUUUUACUUUUUUAACACAUUUUGUGUUCCAUCCAUCUGGAACACAUUAGCUACAAAUAAAUUAUUUUUGAAAAUCA